AUGGAAUGUAUGGAAGGUGGUGAAUUAUUCAAUCGUAUUCAACAACGAAAUGAUAAUCCAUAUACCGAACGUGAUGCUGCUAGAUAUAUAUGGAUGAUUGUUCAAGCUGUUCAUCAUUUACACACAAUGGAUAUAGCAUUAAAAGAAUUUUUUUCAUUUACUUUAUUUCUUGUACAACAGGCGUGUGAUAUUUGGUCGAUGGGUGUUAUUAUGUAUAUCCUUCUAUGUGGUUAUCCUCCUUUUUUUUCGGAAGGUGGACAUACAACCAGUUCUGGUAUGGAGAGUAAAAUCAAAGCUGGUGAUUAUCAAUUUCCGGAUGCUGAAUGGCGAAAUUUCUCACCAGAAGCUAAAUCAACUAUUCAACGAAUGCUUACAGUGGAUCCAGCUCAGCGUAUUACAAUUAAUGAAAUUCUCACAUGUUCAUGGCUUACUGAAUUGACAUCCAACAGACCAAUCAAUAUGAUUGUACUUCAAGAUGCAGAAACUCGACAACAAUUAGAAGUGAGUCAAAAAAUUGAAUUUCUAUAUCAUACUUAUUUCAAUUUAUUUGUAUUUACAUCAUUUUUACAGGCUGCAGUUGCUUCUGCUACGGAUGACCAACGUCGAACUGAUGAUGAUUUAGGCAUUGAAAUAUCUGGACCAGAAGCAUCACGUAUCGCCAAACGAGCAGCCAAACGAAACCGACACAUGGCUAUUGCCGAUGAGGGACAUCAUUGA